UUGAAAUAUUUGUCUUCAAAAUUUCGGUAGGCCUUACGCCAAGGCCAUAUGCAAAAUUCCGGGGAAGAUGGGCGACCGUACCAGGUGGAUACGAUGUCGUUUCUGUCCAUCGAUAGUUACACCAUGUUGGCUUUCGUUCGCGAUGUUUACGCCAACCUCGCAAUUCUGUGCACCGUGUCGAUUAUCCAAAUGCUGGUAGUCUCGCUAUUCAAGACCAAGUUUUCUGAUGUGCUUCCGGUUCCGCCGUUCUUGUGGCUGGUCUUUGCCUAUGCUGUCCUGACCCUGCUUAACUGCACUCCGAGACUGCGGUACAAGGCGCCCUACAACUGGGUUCUGGCCUUUAUUACAGUGGAGUGUGUGACGCUUUUUACCCUGUACUUUCUUUUUCUCGAGGAUUGGUAUGUGAUGAUGGGAUGCGGAGUGUUGGCGGUCUUGAUCGUAACCCUCUUCACCUAUUGGGGCUCCAAGGGCCCCAAGGGGUGCAUGCCCACCGCCGCCGUUGCCACGGUCAUUGUCGCAACGGCCUUGGUGGGCAUGUUCCUUUUUCUGGUGCUUUCGGUCUUGCUGAACAACCUCUUCAUUCUGGGACUCAUCUUUGUGCUGUUCAUCUUGUUGGUCACGGUGACGAUUGUACAAUCGGAGCUCAUACACGCCCGGAUGAACUAUUUCCCGAUGGGCGACCAGGUCGGCUCCGCCGUGACUAUCUUCCUGUGCGGUUGGGGCGUGCACUCCUGCUUUAUCUUUGCAAUUGUUGUCAUUAAGCGGGCAUUUGACGACCAGUACAAAAUGCAUACUAUUUCGUUUGCUACAUAA